AUGGCUCCAUCUCACAAUUCACCUCAUGGUUCUCCCCAUCAAAAUGCUCCAUCUCACUGUUCUCCACGGGGAUCUCCCCAACAAAGCGCACCAUCUCACAGUUCUCCACAUGGAUCUCCCCAACAAAGCGCACCAUCUCACAGUUCUUCACAUGGAUCUCCCCAACGAAGUGUUCCAUCUCACAGUUCUCCAAAUGGAUCUCCCCAACAAAGCGCACCAUCUCACAGUUCUCCACAUGGAUCUCCCCAACAGAGUGCCCCAUCUCAUACUUCUCCUCAAUGCAGCUCAUCUCGUAGUUCUUCUCAUGGCUCUCCUCAACAAAGUGCCACAUCUCGUAGUUCUUCAUAUGGCUCUCUUUUACAGAUAGCUCCAUCUCACAAUUCGGUUACAAGUUCUCUUUUACAAGUAGCACCAUUUAACAAUUCUCCUCGUGAUUCUCCAUUGCAAGUGGCUCCACCAAAUGGCUCGCCUCAACAAAUGGCUCCAUCUACCCACUUGUCUUACAGUUUGUCUGCACAAAUGUCCCCAUUAUACUGUUUACCUCCUCCCCCUUCUCCACAAAUGGCUGCAUUGUACACUACACCUCACAACUCUCCCCGACAAAUAACUGUAGCUAACUGUUUGUCCCCAAACUCUCCCACACAAAUAGCUCCAUUAUACUGUUCUCCUCCAACCCCAUCCCCACAAAUGGCUACAUCCAACUCUUCCCAUCAUGAUUCGCCACCAGAAAUAACUUCAUUGAACAACCAUUCCUUAAUUCAGCAAACAGCUUCAUCUGGUUAUACAUCACACCCCUCCCUAUCACAAAUCCCACCCCCAAAUUAUUCAUCAAGUGUUGGUCUUUCUCAUUUUGUAACGGGUGCUCAUUCCGUUCGCAGUUUAGCAACGGGUGCUCAUUCCGUUCGCAGUUUAGCAACGGGUGCUCAUUCCGUUCGCAGUUUAGCAACGGGUGCUCAUUCCGUUCGCAGUUUAGCAACGGGUGCUCAUUCCGUUCGGUGCUCAUUCAGUUUAGUUUACAACGGGUGCUCAUUCCGUUCGCAGUUUAGCAACGGUGCUCAUUCCGUUCGCAGUUUAGCAACGGGUGCUCAUUCCGUUCGCAGUUUAGCAACGGGUGCUCAUUCGCUCGCAGUUUAG